AUGUCACCAGCAUCAGGAAAUCUGCUCAACCCUCUCUCACUCUCACCUACCGACCCUUCUUCCUCAUCCCAAUCAGCCGGUCCAUCAAGGAUGACCACGCAAUCCAGCAAACCACCUCGGUUCUACUUACCUUCCCCAUCCAACUCAUCACCUCAUACACCCGUCUAUCCGCUAUCCAGAGUAGUAUCCAGAGCUCAUUCAGAUACCAAUGCAGCUGCGGGAAGCAGCACUUCUACCUCUACGUCCACGUCAACUUCUAAAGAUGCGCUAUACUCGAGGAGGAGUAGAUCGAGAGCCUCCAUCAAUAACUUGCGAUCCACUUUGGAACUAUAUCAGAUUGAUCAUGGUGUCACUUCACCUGAUCUGAGUAACUUAGCUGGGACGUCAACUGAUACAGAUACGACUCAAGGUCAUCCACAUGAACAAUCACAACAGCAAGAAGUAUUCAAUAAUGACGAUGGCUCACCAUCGAGCUUGUCGCCUUCAUCGUUAAUAGGGAAUUCAAAGAUGGACGCCUUGGUGGAGAUUCAUAGGGUAUUGUAUAGGGGUAAAGAGGAUUUACAAGUGAAAAGAAUCGAAUUGACUUUGAGAGAAGAGGUCGAUCAGGUUAAGAGGGUGGUAGAUAGAUGGUUUGAAAGUGAUUGUGUAUACGACCAACCACUGGUCCAUCUGACAUCUCGAGAAACCAUGUUGAUGCAUUUCGCACUGUUACACGCAUUCGGUACAGUUUAUCUACCGAGCAUACGACCUUCAGCUCUGAUCAUUCACCUUAAAGAGGUAAUAUCGCUUUUACGAAUAAGCCUACUACCCAUAGAAGAACAUGGGAAAUCUCCAGGAGCAGAAGGUAAAAAGAAGGAAUCAGAUAUGAUCGAAUGGCCGAAGUCACCAGGCGAAGAAGAGCAUCUACUGGGACUAGGACUAGGUAUGAGUGCAGCAGAUGAGCAUCUAUUGACUACCAGGAAGCCGAGUCUACAUUCUUCGCGAGAUCACACAGCACUUAGUGAUGGGAGCAAGACUUACGAUGGCUGGUGGAAAUUGUGGGAUGUCACGGCGGAUUGCAAAGAGAUCGGAGAGAUGGAAUGUUAUGACGGUCAUUACUUAGCCAUGAUCGAACAUGUGAUCCGCCUAUCGCUCUUCCCAACCUAUCGCAACUCAACCAAAACCGCUCCUUCCACUUCCCACCCAUCAGCCUACUUUCAUCCUAAAACACCUAACCCUCAUUUCAAGCAUCCCCCUAGUAGUCCCCAGAAGUAUACCGGAAAGUCGCAAAGUCCAAUCCUUGGUAUAGGUAUCCCAGCUGUCCCCGUUCCAUCGUUCGCUAAGAAGAUAUACAUGUGUUUCUACAGGGACUUCGUAGAGUGCUGGUUGGAUUGGGACUUAAGGGUGAAUACGAUGAUCCAGUUUAACGAGGUUGGCAAAGCGACCCAUGUACGGGAUGUGAUAGAUAUUCGAGACCUGGUAGAAUCCUUCGUGCCGCUCGCCAAAAAACUACAUCUCAUUACGACUAUAAUAGGCUUUAUAACCAGCUUGAUCGGGGGUAUUCUCUUGACCUCUUUGGCAAGUAACAAUCAAGCUGUGAAAGUCGUCCAGCGGGGUAAAAUCAUCAGCGUGUCUGAGCCUAUCGAAGGGAUGGAGAAAUGCAGUGAUACCAAUAAAGAUGCGGUGGAUGAAAUGGUGUCUAGGUCUGAGAAGGAUAGAGGUGAUACAACACCCUCAGGGUCAGAAGAGAAAUCACCAUUGAACAGUACCAAAUCAUCCUCUUCUGCGCCUAUGCGAGUCAAAUCACCCAUCAUGGAUCCUCAAGCUCGAUCAAGAAAGAUGAGUGCUCCCACUCCGAUGUCCGGUACACAUAAUAUAUUGGGAUUGGAAGGUGUCUCACCGCCUAUUUCUGUAAAAGAGGGUAAGAGUUAG